CGAGAGUGACUCCUGUGUUUCCUCAGAUGGAGUGGCCGGACGAGAGCAGCUCUUGGCUCAGCAAAGAAUGCACAGUAUGAUCAGCUCAGUGGAUGUGAAAUCAGAGGUUCCUAUGGGCCUGGAGCCUAUCUCACCUUUAGACCUAAGGACAGACCUCAGGAUGAUGAUGCCCGUGGUGGAUCCUGUCGUCCGUGAGAAGCAACUGCAGCAAGAGCUGCUUCUUAUCCAACAGCAGCAACAGAUCCAGAAGCAGCUCCUAAUAGCAGAGUUUCAGAAGCAGCAUGAAAAUCUGACACGGCAGCACCAGGCACAACUUCAGGAGCACAUCAAGUUGCAACAGGAACUUCUAGCCAUAAAACAACAGCAAGAACUCCUAGAAAAGGAGCAGAAACUGGAGCAGCAGAGGCAAGAACAGGAAGUAGAGAGGCAUCGCAGAGAGCAGCAGCUUCCUCCUCUCAGAGGCAAAGAUAGAGGACGAGAAAGGGCAGUGGCAAGCACAGAAGUAAAGCAGAAGCUUCAAGAAUUCCUGUUGAGUAAAUCAGCAACAAAAGACACUCCAACCAAUGGAAAGAAUCAUUCCGUGAGCCGCCAUCCCAAGCUCUGGUACACGGCUGCCCACCACACAUCACUGGAUCAAAGCUCUCCACCUCUUAGUGGAACAUCUCCAUCUUACAAGUACACAUUACCAGGAGCCCAAGAUGCCAAGGAUGAUUUCCCCUUGAGAAAAACUGCCUCAGAGCCCAACUUGAAGGUGCGGUCCAGGUUAAAACAGAAAGUGGCAGAGAGGAGAAGCAGCCCCUUACUCAGGCGGAAGGAUGGAAAUAUUGUCACUUCAUUCAAGAAGCGAGUGUUUGAGGUGACAGAAUCCUCAGUCAGUAGCAGCUCUCCAGGGUCCGGUCCCAGUUCGCCAAACAAUGGGCCCACUGGAAAUGUUACCGAAAAUGAGGCUUCAGUUUUGCCUCCCACACCUCACCCUGAGCAACUGGUUCCACAGCAGCGCAUUCUAAUUCAUGAAGAUUCCGUGAACCUGCUCAGUCUCUACACCUCCCCCUCCCUGCCCAACAUCACUCUGGGACUUCCCGCAGUGCCGUCCCCACUCAAUGCUUCCAAUUCACUCAAAGAAAAGCAGAAGUCUGAGACGCAGAUGCUCAGGCAAGGCGUUCCUCUGCCUGGCCAGUACGGCAGCGGCAUUGCAGCGUCCUCCAGCCACGCUCACGCAGCCGUGGAAGGGAAGCAUGGCAGCAGCCACCAAGCUCUCCUGCAGCACCUGCUGCUGAAGGAACAGAUGCGGCAGCAAAAGCUCCUUGUGGCUGGUGGAGUUCCCUUGCACCCUCAGUCUCCUUUGGCAACAAAAGAAAGAAUUUCACCAGGCAUUAGAGGUACCCACAAAUUACCCCGUCACCGACCCCUGAACCGAACCCAGUCUGCACCAUUGCCUCAGAGCACGCUGGCUCAGCUGGUCAUUCAGCAGCAACACCAGCAGUUCCUGGAGAAGCAGAAACAAUACCAGCAGCAGAUCCACAUGAACAAACUGCUUUCGAAAUCUAUUGAACAACUGAAGCAACCAGGCAGCCACCUGGAAGAAGCAGAGGAGGAGCUGCAGGGGGACCAGUCCAUGGAAGACAGAGCAACCUCUAGCGACAUCAGCACUAGGAGCAGCAGCAGUGCUUGUGUGGAUGACACACUGGGACAAGUUGGGGCUGUGAAGGUCAAAGAGGAACCAGUGGACAGCGAUGAAGAUGCUCAGAUUCAGGAAAUGGAAUGUGGGGAGCAGGCUGCUUUUAUGCAACAGGUAAUAGGCAAAGAUUUAGCUCCAGGAUUUGUAAUUAAAGUCAUUAUUUGAACAUAAAUGUAUUGCAAAUUUUCGUAAAUGGUUAUCAUUUCCUAUCAGCGUAUAUCUCUGAUUUUAGUGUUUAAGAAUUCUAAAACAGGUAAAAUGAUUUUUUUCUAUAUAAAGAUCACUCUAUACUGAUCUCUGGAUGGGUAUGGGUAUCAAGGUUUUAUUGAACCUUCACUGGUAAAAAAAAAAUACCUGUUACACUAAAAUUAUGCUAUAUAAUAUCCAGGUAAUUAAUAGGCUUUAAACCAUCUCAGAGCCCGAUACAACAGUUCCUUUUAGGGAAAAUGAACUCGUUGUUUUUAGUGUUAUCUGCUGAGGUCUGUGAGUACAGAAUAUAGUCUCCUAGCCUGAUCAAUGAAGCAUUCUGUUAGAUAUGAUGUUUUUUAACAUAUAGAAUUCAUUUUUCAUACAACUGUACAUACUGUAUCAUACCAUAGUCUUGAACACUGUUGGAGGUAGUCUGCCCCCCG